AUGAAAGCAGCUGAAAUAAAAUCUUAUCUUGAAGAAAAAUAUGCAUUUCUCAGUGGAGCUGUUGAUAAGAAAGGUUAUCUAAUAAUAACAUUUCCGAGUUCAACAUCUAUUGAAAAAUUAUCUGGUGAAGAAUUAAAAAAACUUCUUAUUUAUUUAGCAUC